GGUCUUUUCUUCGACGAGGCGUAUGGUUUCUACCCGGGUCAGGUGCUGAUUGGCCCCGCCAAAGUCUUCUCUAACGUUCAGUGGCUGUCGGGGGUCAAACCCGUCCUCAGCAGGAAGUGCAAGUUCAGGGUGGUGGUGGAAGAGGUGAAAGUGGUCGAGCUGAAGGUGACGUGGAUCACGAAGAGCUUCUCCCCCAAAGGUUCAGACAGCGUCUAUCCCCCCCCCUCCACCAUCCCACAGGAGAGCCUCUGCCGGGUGCGUCGUCUAGGAUACUACGACCACACCCAGAGGCAGCUGGGAGAACGGGCCCUGUAUGUGUUCCCCGCCAAGGGGGACGCCACCCGCAUCACCUGUGAAGGACCCGAGGGUGCCCCUGUCCUGCCUGAAGACCCCGUGGCCAGAAAGUUGAAAAGGAUGUUCAAGAAAGAUUCUGGGAAGAAGACGGAGAACGCUGACGCACAAGGGGAGCAGAAAUCGGAGCAGUCCGACCCGUCUAAUCCCAACAACAACAACGGCCACGUGGUCCCGGGUCAGAACCCUGCGGACUCCCAGAACCCCAACGAUAGCUCGGCUGAACACGGCGAGCAGGACGCUGACGACGAGGCUGCAGAGGACACUGACGAUACCUGGUCU